AUGAAAAACAGGCCUAAGCACAGAGUUCAGAGUCCAUUGGAGAGGCGGCCUAGCCCGAUCAGCAUGGACAGACCUGAGAUGGAGUCCAGGCCCUAUGAAUUCCUUCUUCACGGAAAGCCUUCCCAAUAUACAGUGCCUUUAAGGAAAUGGCAACCCACUCCAGCAAUCUUGCCUGGAAAAUUCCAUGGAUGGAGGAGCCUGGUGGGCUACAGUCUAUGGGGUUGCAAAGAGACGGAUACAACUGAGCAACUUCACUUUUUCACUUUAACCCCCUUCUGGGGCAGCUUCCAGCCUUUUUCCAAGCAGACUGCCCAAGGGAAACUUCUGGGCUUUCACAUUGAAGAGCUAACCACACCCACACCCCUCACCCUGGUUUUGGUUAAACUGUUACAUAAACCUCUGCCCUGGCUAUUCUGCUAA